AGAUUAUAAUUCAACUCAAUAAUAGAGGGUAUAUCAACAACACCAUAAAGUGAUUGAGAUUUAUAAUAAUCAAAUAGAACUAAAUAAUUAAAAAAACUUCCACAUAGUCCUAAAGGAUAUUCAUUAAAAUAUAAGACUUAAAAAGUUUAUUAAAUUAGGAAGAACCUUUAUGGAAAGUUUAUGAUUUUUUAUUACCAAAAGGAAGAGUAGCUAAAUUAGUAAAAAUAUAAGAUGUUGAUGUUAAAAUCUUUCGAUUUAAGAUAUAUUAUUUCAAUUACAGCUUAAUUAAAUUUAUCCUGUUGUAAAUUUGAUUGGAGCCAAAGAAACUAAUAAAGGUAAAUUCUACGCAGGAAUUGGAUGUGCUUGUUUUGGUACUGCAUUUAAUUAAUUUUAUUUAAUUUUAGGUUAUUUUAGCGAUAUAGGAAGGAUUUUUAAAUGAAUAAUGGUUGUUAUGGCUAAUCAUCAUAUUAUAGUAAUAAAGGAGUAUGUGAUUAUUCCUUUUUAAAAUUAUUAUAACCCUCUUGA